GGAGGAAUCUUGAGAGAGUAAUCCGGUGUACGUCUCUGAAAUAAUGGAGGAAUCUUAAAAGCGCAAGCCAUGGCCUUCGUCUUUCAGUCAUUCAUGUUUAAACCUAAUUUCUCCUUCUCUUUACUUGCAAAACUCAAUUGACUCCUUCAAGAAACCACAACUUUCUUUCUUUCCUUUUCUAUUUCUACUUUCCUUUAAGCCAAACGAGAAAAAACAGAGAGUUAUUUUGAGCAGAAGAAAUCACCAUGUCUUCACCAAGCAAACGCCGAGAGAUGGACCUCAUGAAACUGAUGAUGAGUGAUUACAAGGUGGAGAUCAUCAAUGAUGGAAUGCAAGAGUUUUAUGUACAUUUUCAUGGACCCAGUGAGAGUCCUUACCAUGGAGGUGUCUGGAAAAUAAGAGUUGAGCUCCCUGAUGCUUAUCCGUAUAAAUCUCCGUCAAUAGGAUUUGUCAAUAAGAUCUAUCACCCAAAUGUGGAUGAAAUGUCAGGAUCAGUUUGUUUGGAUGUCAUCAAUCAGACAUGGAGCCCCAUGUUUGACCUGGUGAAUGUGUUUGAAGUAUUUCUUCCUCAGCUUCUUUUAUAUCCCAACCCAUCAGAUCCAUUGAAUGGAGAAGCUGCAGCCAUGAUGAUGCGUGACAGAGCCGCUUAUGAACAAAGAGUUAAAGACUACUGCGAGAAAUAUGCAAAGAUGGAAGACAUAGCUGCGGAGGGAGAAGAAAAAUCAAGUGACGAAGAGGUGAGUGAAGACGAGUAUGAUUCUUGUGAGGAGGAAGAAGUAGCUGGCAAAGCUGAUCCAUAGUUGUUUCAUUGAUUGUCUACUUCCUCCGGGGUUGUGUGAAUGUGUAUAUAGAUGCUUUUAACUUUCUGUUAAGAUCAAUUGAAACUCAGAAGAUGGGGCUGGGAAGAAUUCCUGUCAGCCUUAUUCUCUUGCUAUCUGUCACUGUAAAUAAAAUGAACAAUUUGCCUUCA